AUGGUAUUCUUGCGCAAGUUCUUUGUCUUGAAACGGUUUCUUAAUUCUAAAGCAAAUGUGCAGCUCAUCAGACAAAGCGACACCAGUGGCAACUUCCUUCGAGAGAACACACAAGCUAAAGAUAACAGAGGCACGAUUGCUAGAAGAACAAUGACGUCUUGUGCUGCAACUUCAAGUCGGCAUGGACUAAAAAGAGUUUCAAUAGAGGGAAACAUUGCUGUUGGAAAGUCGACCUUUGCAAGACUUCUGGGAGCAGCUUGUCCAGACUGGGAGGUGAUGUCUGAACCUGUCAACAAAUGGCAGAACAUUGACAGCGGGACCUCAAAGAAGACUGUGAGCAACCUGCUGGGGAUGAUGUACCAAGAUCCUCAGCGCUGGUCCUACACCUUCCAAACGUACUCCUGCAUGACCCGCUUCAAAACGCAGCUACAGCCGGCACCUGCUCACCUGCUCCACUCACAGGGAGUUGGGAUGCAGGUUUAUGAGCGCUCCAUCUACAGUGACAGAUACAUCUUCGCCCUGAACAUGUACGAGCUGGGUUGUAUCAACUCAACUGAGUGGGCAGUCUACCAGGACUGGCACUCGCUUCUGGUGGAACAGUUUGGACACCGGGUGGCGCUAGAAGGCAUCAUCUAUCUUAAAGCCCCUCCCGAGAAAUGCAUGGAGCGCCUAAAGCUGCGAGGGAGGCCAGAAGAAGAGACUGUGACACUUGACUAUCUCCAGAAGUUACACGAGCAGCACCAGAAAUGGCUUGUGGACAAAUCAACAGAGAUCCAUUUUGAGUGGUUGAAAAAGAUACCCGUGUUGGAGCUAGAUGCCAGCAUGGAGUUUCAGAGUAACCCAGCAGCACAGAACCACUUCAUCAAGCAGGUGAAGGAUUUCUUCACUGCUUUGCAAGGAGAGUCAUCAAAGUGA